UCUUUUUUUACCUCAUACAGACACAAAGUAUGGGAAACGAAACUUAAAUUUUGUUGUUGAGAAAGACAGAGAGGAGGCUCUCUUGCUCCGGAUAAGGGAGGGGCCGACUCCUCUCCAAAGCCUCAUAGCAGUGAAGCCACACGAUACUGCCGGUAAUGUUUAUCAGGUCUCACAGGUUCCAUUAACAUGGAGGACGUCGGCCAGAUUACAAUCUUCAUGAAGAUCGGCCUAAUUGACGACUCAUUGAAGCAAAGUCGGACAUUUAUCAGACUCUGGCCUUCAGUUUAGUCAAAGACAAGUUGAUCCAGCUUUGUUCUGUCCCUUAGUAAGUGCCUUAGUUAAUCAGACUUGUAACUGAAUCUGGGUCUAUUGAGACUAGCUGCAACCAAAAUACUACAAUCUGCAGUUUUGAAUCCAGGUGCUGACUUCAGCAUUAUGAAAGUACCACAAUGUCAGCUAGUGAAACCAAACUUGCUCCUCUGUCAUCAACACAUGACCUCAAAAUUGCAUGCACUUGGUGCUCUAUCAAGGAGAAAGAAGUUACGUAUACGUUAAAAUCUGUUCUCCACCAGUGUGCACGCAAUCUCCUGUUCUGCAGAGCCAAAGGAGGCAGCAAAUGGAGGCCAGUCUCUAGGCGGCCCAAGUUUCCGAAUCCAAGUCAAUAUCAGAAAUGCUGCUUCUUUACGGAGGGCCUCGGAUGCACGUUCCACAAGAACCGGUGCACCUUCGCCAGAACUGACGAGGAAGCCGCCGUUUGGACGUUUGAAAAGCGCCAAAGGUUAGACCAUGUGCUCCUCUGCAAUCUCAUAGCUCAGUCUGAGAGAGGAUCUGAUCUGCUUGAUAACUCUGAACCACUGGGCGACCUCUUGCCAAUUCUGGGUUUAAAGACUGUGUGUGAUCAGUGUUCUGUGAAGGAGAAGGAAAUAACAUACACAGUUCAGUCAGUCAGUCACAAGUGCAGUAGAAAUCUGCUUUUAGCCAAAGACGGAGACUCUAAUCAGUGGAGGCCUGUCUCUGAGCGGCCUACAUGUGGACAGUUUGGUCGGAAUGUUCUCUACCAAGUGUGUCAAUUCUACGUCGAGGGCUCUGGAUGUACACGACACGGACAGGGAUGCACUUAUGCCAGGAGUUAUGAAGAAGCUGCGGUAUGGAACUACGUUAGAGAAAGGGACAUUGACCAAGACGAGUUAAUCAGACGAGUUACUGAGUCUGAGCUUAUUAAGUUGACACCAGAAACUGCAGCUGAAAGCAUUCGCCAGCAGUGUUUAGGCGAAUUCUUGGAGUUCUGCAAGGAAUGCUUUCAGGAUCGCCCACAAAAACUGACAGCCAAAAGGUGGAAUUCCACCUGCUCAGCAGAUGCAGCGCACACCUGGGACCCAGUCUUAGUUCAUCACCUAUCAGAGAAUAGCCAAAAGCACGUCUACAGCCAGGUGCGCCCUCUUCUCCAGAACUGUCAGUUCACAUACUGCAGCCACGUCAGGCAAGGCAAGCCCUGCUGGCAUGGGGCCAGCCACUGCCAGUCCGCCCAGAGCGAGGUGGAGAUGGCCGUGUGGGAAGCGGAGCACAGCGGUUUCUCCGUGCGGCCACACCUCCUUCAGAUGAACCGGCAGGAGCAGACAGAGCACAGGAAGGUCACCAUGUACUGCAAGAUUUGCUUCCUGAUCCUCCCUUCUCCGGAGAGCUUCUACAAGCACUGCUGCUCUUUGGAGCAUGCCCAGUUACUCUCUGAGGACACCAUCACCAGGUGGAGGGGACGACAACCCCCACACAACCACCGAUCUGAGUUUUGGCUGUGUGAGAGACCACAAACGUGCGAGUACGGCAACAACUGCCCUAAAGCUCACUCUGUGGAAGAGCUGCAGGAGUGGUUGAUGCGUGCUGCAGAGGAGAAGGAGAUCAGAGACAACAUGGGAGCCCAGGGUCUCAUGUGCUACAAUGAAAGGCUCCUGGAGGAAUACAAAACCAGCAGUAACGAAGUACACAUUAUAUCUGAACAAGUUGACGAUGUCAGCAUCUCUUGUGAUGAAAAAUUAACUGUGGAGUGUGAACAAAUCAAUGCAACACUGCAGUGGAACUUCCAAGUUGAAACAGAGAGACAACUGGUGCACGUGGCACUGCUGAAGCAGGAACCGGGAGCUUCAUUCACCCUUGGUGACCUCAGUUCUGUGCCCUGCAUCUACUCCUCAGGUAAAGUCUUUGUCAGUGAAGACAUGACCUACGACAUUACCGUGUCCUUCACAUCCAUCAACCCUGGCCUGUAUGAACAGUGGCUGGUGCUAGAUUUUGACAUGAGGCCAGUGCUGUUGAAGAAACUCAGAGUAAGAGUAGGCCAGCUGUCACUUGAUGACGUUGAGCAACCACCUGUGGAUCGCAGAGCCACCUUUCAAAGUGCCGAGCGUUGGCAUCGAGAGAACAGGUUCAUCAUCCCGUGUACGUCCAGGACAGAAGAACAGGAGGAGCUGUUAAAGGAGUACAAGCCUCCUCAGAUUAGCUUCCAGUAUAAAUCCUCCAACACCAGCCAAACACCUCUGAAUAAUGAGAACUACAAAGAAAGAAUGCACCACUUCCUGUACAAUGAGGAGCGGGCAGAGGACCAGAUUGUUUCAAGACUAAAUGUGUGUGGAGAAAUGACAACAUUGGACACGCUGAGCAGAACAAAGUUUGGCAUGGUGAAGGCUCCUCUGGGAGAACUGUUCUGUGCUGUCACGAUUCCCUGUAAUCUCACACCGGACACCCCUGAGGGACUGGCACUAAAUCGAAGCAUCCAGUCUGCCCUGAUAGCCCCCAUAUCUUCAAGUGGAUCAAACUCCAAGGUCUAUGAAGCAGUCAUUCUGCGAGACAAAACAAGCGAGAACAAAAUGUAUUUGCAGCUGUCUAAAAAAUGUUGCUCGGAUCUUGCUCUCAAAAGCAAUGAAUCGUAUCAAAUGGAGGUGCAGUUUCAGCUGAAUCGCCACAGCUUCUGCGCUAUGCACAAGACCGUAGACCUCCUUCCCGAUACAAAAAGAGUGCUACCAGACCUUGAAAGCUGUGCAGUUCCUGUGAAUAACAUCCACUAUGAGAAGCUGAAUGCAAGACAGCGUUCAGCGAUUGCCUUCAUCACAGGCCAUUCCAACGGCCAAAAAUGUGUGGCACCGCUCCUCAUCUAUGGACCGUUUGGAACUGGGAAAACAUUCACCCUUGCUACAGCAGCCAGAGAGCUUUGUAAGCAGCCUCACAACAAAGUGCUCAUUUGCACCCACACCAACAGUUCUGCAGAUCUGUACGUCAGAGAUCACUUACACCCAUUCAUUGACCAGAAAAAUAAUGGGAUGAGGCCAAUUCGAAUAAAAGCAAACAGUAAGAAUGCUAUGUUUGCCACGGAUGAGAUCACUUGGAAAUACUGUUUGCUUUCUGAAGAUGGACGGUUUUUUCUACCACCUACAAAAGCUGCCUUAGAUUGCCACAAAAUAGUCAUAACCACCACGACAAUGGCGAGACAUUUUCAUGACCUAAAGCUCCCAGAUGGAUAUUUCACCCACAUACUUAUUGAUGAAGCCUCUCAGAUGCUGGAAUGUGAAGCCUUGAUGGCCCUUGGCCUUGCUGGGCCAAACACCAGAGUUGUUUUGGCUGGGGAUCACAUGCAAAUGGGACCCAAGCUUUUCUCAGUUGAUGAUCAUCACCGUUCAAAUCACACACUCCUUAAUCGCUUGUUCCACUACUAUCAAGGCCAAAAGUGCGAGGCAGCCCAGAACAGUAGAAUCAUUUUCAGUGAAAACUACCGCUCAACCAAAGAAAUUGUGGAGUUUGUGUCCACCCAUUUCUACGUUGGUAAGAAUGAUGUUAUCAAAGCCACUGGAGAUGUUCCAGCUCCUGAAGAUGGCCAUGCCCUAAAGUUUCACCAUGUCCGGGGAGAGUGUCUCUUGGACACUGGGUCCAUGUCUUGGUAUAACAAAGACGAAGUUGGCAAAGUGGUGGAAGCAGUAAAGGAGAUUCUCAAACAAUGGCCAAUGAGCUGGGGGACCAUGGACAAAAGCUCAAUCUGCAUCCUAUCAGAGGGAUUUCAGGUUCGGCAAAUUAGGACAACACUUUCAAGAAGAGGCCUUGCUGAAGUUCAUGUUGAGAAUCUUGCAAAUGUGCAAGGCAAACAGUUCAGGGCAGUCAUAAUGACAGCUGUGCAAACACGUGACAGCCUUAAAACAUCUCACCUGCCUGGUCUGGAGCUGUUCAAUGAUGCCCGUGUGUUAAACACUGCAAUGACCAGGGCUCAGUCCCACUUGGUUGUGGUGGGAGAUGCUGCCGCCCUCUGUUGUUUUGGGAAAUGCUCAGGGGUCUGGAAGAGCUACAUAGACCACUGCAUCAGCAACAACAGUGUUGCACCACAGCAUUUCACCAGACAUUUCUUUGAAAAAGAUGUCAUGGAAACUGCAAGGUUUCAAAAGUCUGAAAAGGUGGAAGAGAGCGACACUCUCAACGAUGCAAUUCUUCAAGAGUUGAAAGAUGAAUACGAUCAACUGAAAACAGAUUAUAGUUCAGAAGAAGACCGACUGAAUUUGAAAGACUUUGACAACCACAUGGCAAGAUCAUCACACAAAAUCCAUGAUGUUGAUACAGACCUUUUGGAGUUGUGUCAAAAACAACCAGAGGGGUACAUACUAGGAAGGUUUGUCAAGGAGACAUUAACCAGAGGUUACGUCGUACCAUUUCAUAAUCCCGCCAGACGUAUCAGCAUCAAGGGAAGGCAAAACCUGGGUAAGGUCUUCACUGGGGAUGAAGUGGUCGUACAAACAGAAAGAGUGGUCAGCAUCACCAAGGAAGCUGAAUCGUCCCGUGUACUUGUGUGCCUGCUUGAGGAUGAGGAUCACAGCAAAUCGAGACAGAAUUUGGACGACAAAUUUAUCAAAAGGUUGAUGAUACCCAUUACAAAAUCUGCACCCAAAGUAUGCAUUCUGAUCAGCAAGAAAAGACGUCACUUCCUUCCAAUAUGGGAGCAGAUAAGUGGAGUGUGGACACCCGCGUCAUAUGAACGUCUUGAUGAAGACUUCAAACAAAAAAAUGUAUUUGUGGUGCAAGUGAUUGGCUGGAAAGAAAAUUGCACUUAUCCAUUGGGGAAUGUCAUAGAUAUUCUUCCGAUUGGAAGUUCUUUUUCUGCUGGACUACAGAUCCUGAAUGAAGAAUACAAAGUUGCACCCAAUACAUGUAAAUCAGACGAGGUACUCUCCUCCAAAGAUGAAGACGGGACACACAGACAGGUCAUGAGUGACGCAAUCACUUUCACUGUUGAUCCAGAAGAUGCAAAAGACUUGGAUGACGCCAUCAGUGUCAGGGAAACUGGAGACCAUGAGUAUGAGUUGGGAGUCCAUAUUGCAGACGUGGCAAGCUUUGUGAGUCCAAGUGGUGAAUUGGAUGAGGUUGCAAAACAACGUGGAGCUACGUAUUACGGCUGUAGAGAAGAUCCCGUGCAUUUGUUUCCCAAAGACUGCACUAAACACUUCAGUCUUCUCCCAGAUAAAGGUCGCAGGGUGGUUUCACUAAUGUUCAAAGUAAACAAGACAACAAAUGAGAUUAUCGGAAAGCCCAAAUUCCAGCUGUCAUGGAUCAUGUCUAACCGGAAGUUGUCUUAUGAAAAGGCAGGGGACAUGAUCACCGAGAGAUAUAGAGAUGGACCUAAAUUUGACUCUGUAGAAGACUGUGUGACAGUGGCUUAUUGUUUCGCAAUGGCCCAGAGGAAGAUUAGACUUGUGGAUUGGGCUUACUCUCAACCAGAUGAUGAUCGAUUGCCCGGAAAGCGCAAAGCCAAUCUGAUGAUUAACGAACUGAGUGUGUUAUUCAAUACACUUGCAUCUGAGGCUUUGAUUGGUUCAGAGAAAACCAUGUCUUGCACACCCCUUCGCUGUCAAGCAGAACCAGAUCCUGAAAAAAUUGAAGAAUUCAAGAUGAAAUGCGGAGGAUUAAUAUCACUAUCUUUUCAUGUGCAGCACAGAGUUGCCCACGACGAACAAGCACCAAACUGUGAAAACUUUCGCAUACUAACAGGAGUGUGGGAAGAUAUCCAGGCAGCUGCCAGAUCAGAUGAUAUAGACAGUAUGGUGGACCUGAUUGCUGCAGAUGACAUCCACCCUCUGCUCCAGCCAGUCAUUGAUCAGUUCAGGAGGUGCCUUGGUAAAGCUGAAGUCCUCUGUUCCAACUCCUCUUGCAAAGCAAAGGUUGGUCAUUAUUCUUUGAACGUAAAAUCCUACACCCAAGCAUCCUCACCAAUACGACGGUACAUGGACAUCAUCUUGCAGAGACUUUUGCACUCCAUCAUAUGCAACAGGGCUGUCCAAUACACUACCUCCGAGAUUAUGACUAUGUGCGGUCAAUUUGAGGAGAAGAUCAAGGCUGCUAAGGCAUAUGAACAAAAGGCUGAGCAGUUCCGCUAUGCAGUGAGUAUGAAAAAACAAAGUGCUUCAAAGUUAGCCUUCGUUGUUAGUCUCAACAGAGACUGUUUGGCAGUGGCAUUUCCUUUUAACAAGAAUGUAUUUGCGGACAGUGUAUCGGUUAUGUACAAAGGCUUACAAUUGUGCGAUCAACCAGUUUUUGAUGAGGCAAACGACUCCGUCACUCUCACAUGGAAAAGACGGAUCUACGCAGUUCACAACAUGCAAAUCCACCAAGAGAUGAAAACGCCAGGCUGUAAUCCCUGUGUUGAGCUUCCACUGACAGUAUGGAAGGCCACUAUUGAAGCAGUUGACACAAAAAACUGGGAUCAUGCAAAGUCUCUCAUAAUGGCGGCUAAUACAAAGCGACUGGAAAAACUAAAUGUCCUGCCACAAUCAGCUGUGGUGCCUUAUUCUAUGACUAACUCAUGUACCAACGAGAAGCAAGAGGAACAGAAGAAGCAUGAGGUUUCCAUCAACCUCCAGGUACAGAGAGGCGACACCCUUCAGAUCCAAAUGACAACAGAGAUAAAAAGAGGUUAUCACAUGCCUGCUGUUCAGUUGGUGCACAUUAAACCAAAGUUUGAGAUUUGUGUGCACCAUGUCCACAGCCCCAUCACAUGCUUCUCCAGAUCUGCAGACGAUCCUUCGAAGAUUUCUUAUAGUGACCCCAGGGAGUACGUACGGAUCUGGAAACCUAUGUGUGAGAUGGAAUCUGCUUCCAGUGCAGUGGAUGAAAGUGACAGCAUAGUCAUCGAGGACCUGGUGGUAAACUUCUCUCCAGAGCAGGAAGGCACACUAAGCGGUAGCUUCUUCUUACCUGCGGAAUGGAUCAAGGAAUGGGCCAUUGAAUGCAACCUGUCAAAGUGCUUACUGUGCAUACGGAAAAGAGGUUUGAAGUUGACUUCAACCCUGGAUCAUUCCGCAUUGGUGGACCCCAGAGGGUUCACAUGGGUGGCCCACGGCUUCACAAUAAAAGUAGAAGCACAGAAAAAGCCUCCAAAUAAAGGAAGUACAGUGGAGUUCCAUGUCAAUCACCUGCCGAUGGAGAACAUUCCUGAUUGUGUCUAUCAGACAAACACUUGUUUCACAGUGGAAAUAAUCCCAAAGCUCCUGCCUGACAUCCGCAAAGAAUAUGCUGUGAAGAACGUUCCAAUUGCAUGUGAACUUGUCCAGAGCAUAGCACUUGGGAAACACAUUCCAAGAGAGGUUGAACCAAGGUGGCACAGCUCGAAGAGAAAGUUACCAGAUGGACUGCCAGAGUUUAAUGCCAGUCAGCGUCAUGCUGUGGAGAAAGCUCUAAAUACCAACUUUACACUCAUUCAGGGACCACCUGGGACUGGAAAGACAGUGGUAGGUGUUUACAUAGUCUUCUGUUUCUUUGAGCUGAACUCUAUGAACCCGAGGAAAUUGGUUGACCCAGAAGAUGAGAACAAGAAGCAAGUCAUUCUCUACUGCGGCCCAUCCAACAAGUCUGUUGAUGUUGUUGCAGAGUACUUGUUGAAGUUUGGUGACAGAAUACGGCCACUCAGGGUCUACGGCCAACAAGUGGAGAUGCUUGAUUACCCUCAUCCAGACAGCGCUCUUCAGUUUUCCCGGAGGUCACACCGCCAAGAACGUGGCAAACCGAAGCUCAGGAGCAUCACAAUGCAUCACCGCAUGCGACAGGACCAAAACCCUUCUUCAAGUGAAAUAAAAGAUUUUGAUAAACGCAUUAAACUUGCCCUUGACAAACAAGGAGCAGAGCUGACUGACGAAGAAGUGAAAGAAUACAAAGAUCUUCUCAGUAAAGCUCGGAAGCAUGAGCUUGAACAGCAUGACAUCAUACUGUGCACAUGUACACAGUCUUCCACCCCGAUUUUGACCAAGACAGUCAGUGCACGCCAGAUCCUCAUUGAUGAAUGUGGAAUGGCCACUGAACCCCAGGCCCUGAUUCCAUUAGUCUGCAACAAACCAGAAAAGAUUGUUUUGAUCGGUGACCACAAACAGUUACGACCCAUUGUGAAGAACGAGCGUGUGAGGAAGCUUGGGAUGGCCAAGUCUCUGUUUGAACGCUUCUAUACAAUGCACAAGAGCAGGGCACUGAUGCUGGACACCCAGUACAGAAUGCAUGAGAGCAUAUGCAAGUUCCCGUCAAAAGAAUAUUAUGAGGGAAAACUGAAAACUGGGGUGGAGCAGCCGAGCAGCGUCCUGCGUGUUGGUGACAAGACAAUGCCAAUCGUUUUUGGGGACAUCAUUGGAGAAACAGUCAGUCUGGUCGUCAACACAGCCAAAGGCAACGAGAACUCUAAGGCAAACAAGGAGGAGAGAGACAAAGUGAUUGAAAUUGCUGGAAAGCUGGUGACGGCUGCCAAAAUUGAGCAGCAAAGCAUUGUGAUUCUGUCGCCCUAUAAUGCCCAAGUGUCAGAAAUCAAAGAUGAGCUGAAGAAGAGGAAAAUGGAUCAAAUCACUGUUACCACAAUCACUAAAAGCCAAGGAAGCGAAUGGCGUUACGUCAUCUUAUCCACAGUGUGCUCUCUGCCAAUUAAAGACAUAGAGAAAGAACCAGACGGAGCUUGGCUGUCCAAACAUCUGGGCUUUGUGGGCGAUCCCAACCAGAUCAACGUGGGCAUCACCAGGGCCAAGGAGGGGCUGUGCAUCAUCGGGAACGAAGAGUUGCUGAGAUGCAGCAGAGCUUGGAGGAAGCUCCUGGAUCACUACAGUUGUCACAAAGCAGUGACAGCUGCACACAAGAUUUCAGUGUAUAGUGCCACAUAGCUGAACUCAUCCAUACGUUUUAAGGGACUGGAUUUCUACGAGUAGCAGACCAGAAGAACAGAACGCCACAACUUCAUUUAUUAAACAUGUUUAUAUUAUAAGUCUAUUAUGUCGUAACUUUUUAUGUUCUCUUUUUACAAUUUUACUGCAUAUUUGAGGUUUGUGAUAUUGUAUUUGAUGUGCUCUGAUUUUCCUUGUUAUUUAAUAUAAAUAGGAAAUACUUUGACUUCUAGAUGAACUGUUUUAUUGUAAGAUGUGCUCAUUUAAAUUCUAAACGUCGAGGUUCAAAGACUGAAUGGUCUUUUUAUGCUUGCAUUUAAGAAAGUUGUUUAAGAAACGUUUGACAUAUUGUUUUUUGAUACCUUAAAAUCUUGUAUGUUCAGGGAUUAGCUUCAGCUACAGAAAUAUUAAUUAAACAUUGUAAUUGAAUAUAACAUGUAUGAUGUGUGAUUG